GAUGACACUUAUGACCAGUUGUUCAUACUUAUAUUUAUAUGAUCACGUUGACGAAACGUAAGAGAAACCUGAGAAACAGCUACCUUACCUCAUAGAUGAUGAGAGCUCUCUGUGGGCAACUGGGCACUGGGCAUCUGGACAUUUAUAAGUAGUAGUGUGGGUAGAGCCUAUAGAGCCGUACUAGAGAUUGGAUUCGAUCAAACUUAUUUCCUCAGCUCCCUUGCACGCGAUCAUCAUCCGACGGCCUCCUUCGUGUACGAAUGUCAUCAAUGUCGUUCUCACGCGGAUUAGACAGUAUAGUAGAGUAUAGUAGCCGAAGGUCAUUUUAAGUUUAUAAAGGUUGUGAUAAAAGAAAAUCAAUCGAGUUGCACAUAAAUAGUGAGAGGUGCGGCUCGUCGCAGACGAUAUGAUCCGAUCCUUAUGAAAUUCGAACGAAACAAUUAUAUUUGCCAUACCGAACGAAAAAUCCAGUGGAGUUGGGAACUAACAAACCAUUUCAUCCUAUAUAAUAUCAUAGAUUUACACGAAUUAGGUACUCCAAUGUCUGAAGAGAAACAGUUGCAACCCUGCAUGCUUCGUCACCACCAAUCAAACACCACCAGCAGAGUCACAUUGUUAUAAUUAAUUUGCUAAGUAACAAUUCAACCAAGUAGUAGAGCAAAUAAUGGCUGCAUAUAUCAAUCGCACAAUGUCAAUGAUAGCUGGAGAGAAUCAAUUUCGCACAACAGAUAUAAAAAAUGAAAAUUCUCCUCUACAGAUAUUUGUCAAGGCCAAGAAGAAAAUUAAUGACAUCUUCCUUGAGAUCGAUGAUUAUGUUGACGACACAACCAGGUUCAUUGGAUCUCUAAAAAAUGAACCUCCUAUUCUCAAUUCUGAAGAAGCCAGUAAAAUAGAAAGUUACAAAGUUAAGGUUCAAGGUAUCAGAGAUGUUCUCAAGCGGGAUCACAUGAAAGUGGCUUUCUUUGGAAGAACUAGUAAUGGAAAAAGUACCGUCAUCAAUGCUAUGUUGCGUGACAAAAUAUUGCCCAGUGGUCUUGGUCAUACAACAAACUGUUUCCUGCAAGUUGAGGGAUCAGAUAGUGCUGAAGCUUACCUAGUCAUUGAAGAAUCUGAUCAAAAGCAGCCUGUGCAGUCAGUUGGUCAACUUGGCAAUGCUCUGUGUGAAGAAAAAUUGUGUGAAAAUGCCCUAGUACGAAUUUUUUGGCCAAAGGAAAAGUGCUUACUUUUGAGGGAUGAUGUAGUCUUUGUUGAUAGUCCUGGUGUUGAUGUAACAACAAAUCUUGAUGCUUGCAUUGACAAACACUGCCUUGAUGCAGAUGUUUUUGUUCUUGUUGCAAAUGCAGAGUCAACGUUAAUGAUUGCGGAGAAAAACUUUUUCCACAAAGUAUCCACAAAGUUGUCAAAACCAAAUAUUUUCAUUUUAAAUAAUAGAUGGGAUGCCUCUGCUUCUGAACCAGAUAGUCUCAAUCAGCUGGUCGAUGAACAAAAGGAGGUGAAACUAGUAAGAGCUCAACAUCAAGAACGAGCGGUUGAUUUUCUAGCCAGAGAGUUGAAGGUUUGUACUCCUAAGGAUGCAGAGGAACGCGUUUUCUUUGUUUCGGCUAAAGAAACGCUUAACGCUCGUAUUCAGGAACAGCAAGGACAACCGGCACACAAUGGAGCAGUAGCGGAAGGCUUUCAAAAUCGUUUUUUCGAGUUCCAAGACUUUGAGAGAAAGUUUGAAGAAUGUAUUUCGAAAUCGGCCGUAAAAACAAAAUUCGAGCAACAUUCUCAGCGAGGAAAACACAUAGCAACAGAAAUACGACAAACUUUAGACGAAAUUUUAGAUCGUGCACAAAAAAUGAAGGCCGAGCAAAUAGGCAUAAAAAAAGAGGUGCACGACAGACUAAACUUCACAGAGCAACAGUUAAUGUUGUUAACCCAGGAGAUGAAGGACAAAAUACAUCGGAUGACGGAGGAUGUGGAACAACGAGUGUCAAAGGCCCUAAGCGAAGAGAUUCGUCGACUAGCGGUUCUCAUCGACGAAUUCAAUGUUCCUUUCCAAUCUGAGCCUCUAGUAUUGAACGUUUACAAACGUGAACUUCAUGCACACGUUGAAUGCGGUCUGGGCUCGAACUUGAGAGCUCGUCUAAGUACCGCUCUUUCGUUAAACAUUGAAAAUUCGCAGAGGGAGAUGACCGAGAGGAUGUCGUGUUUGCUGCCUGAAAAUAAGCGACAGAUCACUAUGAACGUUCUGCCGAGAAGGGAACCCUUUGAAAUUUUAUACAGAUUAAAUUGUGAAAACUUGUGUGCUGAUUUCCACGAAGACUUGGAGUUUCGCUUUUCUUGGGGCAUUACUGCCCUUAUCAGUCGAUUUGCUGGUAAAAAGGGUCAGAAAAUGGCUAUCAUGAAUGCACCUCAGGAGAUCCCUCAAUCCCUCGUAUCUCCUGCAGAUAGUAUAGACUCUUCGAAAUUCGUUACCACAACGAGCUGCUUUGUACCUAGACCUGAUGACUGGUCAUUAGCUUCUAGAAUAGCAGUAGCAUCAAUAACUUCACAGGGAACAAUGGGAGGCCUUAUUGUUGCAGGAUUCAUGUUAAAGACCAUUGGUUGGAGACUAAUAGCUGUAACAGGAGCGAUUUAUGGCGCUUUAUAUCUGUAUGAACGUUUGACAUGGACAAAUAAAGCAAAGGAGCGUGAAUUUAAGCGUCAAUACGUCAGUCAUGUGACACAAAAACUGCGACUCAUUGUUGAUCUCACAUCGGCCAACUGUAGCCAUCAAGUUCAACAGGAACUAUCAAGCACAUUUGCAAGAUUGUGCCACUUGAUAGAUGAAUCUACGUCUGAGAUGGAUAGCGAAUUAAAAACGAUUGCUAUAAAAAUUCGUACUUUGGAAGAGGCAGCUACAAAUGCUAAAGUCCUUAGAAACAAGGCAAAUUACUUGGCAAACGAGCUCGAUUUGUUUGAUGCGGCAUAUUUGAAAUCAUUGCACUAGGAUUUUUCUUAGUCAUUUUACUCAAAAAAUUAUGUUUAAAAAAAAAUAAGUUUGUUGAUGUAUAUAAGUAGAUGAAGUUUCUAAUACCUUGAGUACAACGUGCCACGCGUUGGAGGAAUGUUUUUUUCUAUACCAUAAAUUCUUGUCUCAGUUACUCAGAUUUUUUCUCCUGUUAAAUAGUACUGUUAAUUUUUGCAAUUUUAUUCAGGUUUGUACACGUGAUGGAAAACUUAUUCUUUGAUUUGAUUAAUAUUCAUAUAGUCAAGCAAAAUCCAAAUACUAUGUGUAGAAACAAAUUUUUUUUUUUAAUCAAGCCAACAUAGAUCUUUAAGUAGGAGUAAUUUAAUUUUUAUCAGUAAUAUGAGCUCUGCUUCAUAGGUAUUAAUUUAACUUGGUACAUAUACACGAAAAAAUUUAACAUAAUAAAACG